AUGAAGGAGCGGUGCGGAAGCUGCACCCAGGCGCGAGGGCGGUCCGACUGGGACGAACCACUGCGGCUGGCCGGGGAGGGGGGUUUGGAGUAUCGGGGCUCCCAGCAGGAACACUACAAAUACUUGAGUCACUCCUCCUGCAGCUCCAGACCUGCAGCCUCCUCUGGUCCUUUCAACAGGCAACAGCCUGAUGUUUCUGUGUCCUUACGCAAGGACAGUGAGGACCUAAAAAUGCUAGCGGAGAGUGCUUAUUUCAGCAGUGGCGAUGCUGGUUCAAGUUUGAUCUGUUCCAGCCAACUGGAGCUCAGUCCAUCCAGAAACAGCACCACUGGACAUUUACCCACGAGAAGGCACCCAUCUCCUGCAUCCAGUUCCUGUGGUCACCAUGAUUGGAAUUUAAUCAGGGGCCAUCAAGCAAAGCGUGCCCGAGUAGAAAAUAUCAUCAAAGGCAUGACCAGCUCUCCUGGUAUGCACUGCACAGAUGUGAUGACAAUUCAGCACGAGGAGUCAGACAGUAUGCAGGAAAAUGAAAGGAUUCAAGAUCAGGAGCAUGUGGAAAAGAGUGGCUCUGGAAGCAAGACGGCAAGAAAGCAGCUGGAGAGUCAGCAUCAGCACCUCAGAACAAGCUUCAACCAUGUGGAUGGAGUUACCGACACUAAGGACGAGAAAUAUCCCACCUGGAACGAUUCUCCUGAAACAUCUCCAGGGGAUGCAUUUACAGAUUCAUACAGUGAGUUUGAGAGCAGCUCAAGUAGAAAAUCUCAAGGGUGGAAGAAGAUGAAGCUGAUGAACCACUUCCAAUCCAAACCUGAGAGAUUAAAGCUGAUGGCAGACGUUUUAAAGUACGAACUGUCCAGAGCCGUCAGUAGGAGCGUUGACUCUAUUUUCAAAAGCAUGCCACUUCUACAGACAAGCGACGAGGGGAGCGUCGAGACUGAUAUGCCUCUUCAGUCAUCAGCUGGUAAAGAUGAUAAAUUAAGACUUUCCUUCAGUGGAAAUGCAGAGGUGCAAGUUCCAGAUGUUCAAACCGAAGCUCUGUCUCUGGUCGUACAAAAGCCUCGACUGGAAAACAAGUUCAUCCUUGAGUCCAGAUCAAGAGCUCACCAUCGUACCAAACCUACAGUCCCCUUCGUUCAUGACCCCGCUGUGCGUGAAGAUCAGCCGUCAGAGAAGAAUCACAACGCUCCCCGUCAACAUGCCCUCAGCUGCUUGCAGGAUGGAUGCUCUGAGGUUGGUCAAGCGAAGUUUGACACACAUUGGAAUUCGAUCAAAGUGAGAUCGAAGGUCAACUCCAGGUCUGUCAGGAGCCCACAGACUCGCACUGUGUCGGUGGAUCCCUCGCUGUUGGAAAGCCUGCGUCUCCCUCAUGUGAAGAUUGAGUCCGAUUGCCUGGUGAAGAACAGCCUGUACAUGCUGAACGAGGGUCUGACCACAAAUCAUCUGAAGAAAGCAAAGCUCAUGUUCUUCUUCACCCGCUACCCGAGCUCCCUGGUGCUGAAGAUGUGUUUCCACGAUGUGCAGUUCACGCGCUGCAUCACCUCUCAGCUCAUCAAGUGGUUCAGUAACUUCAGGGAGUUUUUCUACAUCCAGAUGGAGAAGUUCGCCCGGCACGCUCUCGUAGAAGGAGUGUCCGACGUGAGGGGCCUGACUGUGGGGAGAGAAUCAGAACUUUUCAGAGCCCUCAACAUGCACUACAACAAAGCCAACGACUUCCAGGUCCCCGACAGUUUCUUGGAAGUCGCAGAGAUUACAUUAAGAGAAUUUUACAUUUCCAUUUCAAUGGGCAAAGAUCGUGAUCCAUCGUGGAAGAAAUCAAUCUACAAGGUGAUCUGUAAACUGGACAGGGACGUACCAGCUGAGUUCAAAGGUCAUCACUCUGGAUGAGAACCAAACAGAAGACAUUGUGUGCCACAGUGGUUACUGUCACGAUGUGGACUUACUCGUGCCUUGAUUAGCAAAGUAUUUAGUGUUUAAUGAAGAGCCCGCUGUAUUGUAAAACAGGUGAGUGAUGUACAUGCCCGCACAUAUCCAAUCUCCAUCACAUAUGGCAGACUGGUAAAAGACUUUACUGGCAGUUCUUGUCGCAUCAUGCGGUUGUUUGACAUCAUUUGUAUUUUGCUAUAUCAACCAUAUUAUAUAGCAAUAACACAUCUUGAAUCGGUGAAAUGUUUUCAAGUGCAACACGGUACACAUUUUCUGGUUUUUGAGAAGCAUUCUUAUUUAAUAAGCACAAAAAAAAGGUCCACACCACAUAAGAAAAAAAACAAUUUAAUAUUCAGCUGAGCUUAUUAUUGUCAUUCUGUCUGUAUGUACAGGAUACAUAAAAUGGAUAUUACAUGAAUUCUAAAAUGACUGAAUCAGUUACCCCACCCCCUUACACAUUAGAGCGGUCUCUCUUCCAUACUUACCAUGAAGAUCCAUCCACUUUCCAAAUGGUACACUGUGGCUGGCUGUCCACGGGGCAAAUCAAACAUGCUCUUCAUCAGAGGUUCUGUGUUCAGUCAUAACUUAGGAUCUGUGUUUUGUCUUCAGUCACUCCCGUAACAGCGUUGAUAUUCCAGAUGAAAAUUUCUCAUGAGUGAAAAUUCUUGGCUCUUUGCUUCACAAGUUUGUAAAUAUAAAAUGUAUAUUAAAAGCUGAAUUCACCUGCUUACAUAUUAACCAUGAUAAUCACGUUCAGUGAGACUGCAUUUGGUUUCUUUAAUACUAAUACUUUUUUUUAAAUGUAAUUAUCUUGGUGUCAACAGUAAGUGAGAACAAGGGUCAAACAGGAAAACUCUAGCACAUGUGUGAUUCUGUAUUGAACAAAACAACAACUGUUGAACCAAGCCGGUAUUUUGUGUAAAACAAUCUUUAACUUGUAGAUUGUCCACAUUUGCAGUCAGUUCUUAGCUGUUUCAAAGUUUAACUGGCUUGUGAGAUAGAUCAACAAUAAUAAAAGCAAUUUCCUUUGCAUUUUUCUUUCUCACCUUAAUUAUUAUGAUGGCUUUGAAAAAGCACAUUGGUGAUCAUCAUCAUAUUUAAAAAGUUGAAUUCAAA